GCUGUUCCCUAAGGUCUGACAAACAUUCUUUAUGUGGCUGGCUGGCUGAAUGGGAAAGGCAGGGAUGAUCUCAGGGAGGCCGACACUUUAAGAAAGAAGCGAGGGACCAUCAAAAGAUCAUUUUAUGGAAACCGAUCCCAGCCAGAUGGAGACAAGGGGACAGGCUGCUUAAAUAAGUGGUCUACUGAAAGCGAGAACUGUUUUCUGCAUCGGGAGAAAGCACAAGCAGGAUUCAGAAAAAGUGAAUGAAAAGUCUGCCAUGCCCUCAGUUUGUUGAUCCGCGAAUUAAUAAGGGUUGGCUACGUAUUCAGCAAGGACGCUUGCUCUCGUGGAGAUUCAGCCAUGAAAGGUACACUGUUGCUUUCCAGUGCGAUUUUCCUGCUCCAGGGGGUGUGCAGCUGCCCAGAGAAGUGCUUCUGUCACACAUCUUCAAACUCUGUAGACUGCAGCCACCAGGGGCUGGCUGAAAUCCCUCCAAAUCUGCCUCCAGAGACUCUAACACUGCUCUUACAAGACAACCAGAUUCGUCAGCUUCCUGUUUUUGCAUUUCAGUCAGUGCCACAGCUCAGGACUUUAAAUUUGUCUAACAAUUCCCUUUCAAAUUUGGCCCCUGAAGCUUUCUACGGACUUCAGCAUUUGCAGGUUUUGAACCUAACCCAGAACCCCCUGCUUUCCCUGGAAAGCAGACUUUUCCAUGCCCUCCCCAAGCUGAGAGAGCUGGACUUGUCAUCAAACAACAUAAGCCACCUUCCCACAUCCCUUGGAGAGUUUUGGGAGAACUUAACCAUGUUUGCAGUGCAAGGAAACCAGCUUCAGCACCUCGAUCGUGCCCUGCUAGAGUCCAUGCCCGGAGUGAAGCUGUUAUUUCUCAAAGACAACAACUGGAAAUGCAAUUGCCACUUGCUCGGCCUGAAACUCUGGCUGGAGAAAUUUAUCUAUGAAGGAGGAACAACAGAUGGGAUCAUAUGUGGGUCACCUGACACCUGGAAGGGAAAGGAUCUCCUUACAAUCCCUCAUGAGCUGUACCAGCCCUGCCCUCAUUCUUCUCCAGAUCUGGCAUCAUCCUCACAGGACCAGCACCCUGGCAGUGAGGAGGUCCCGAAGUCUUCUGAGAACCACAGCUUGGGGCAGCAAGACCUCUUGGAGUGUGAGGCCAAACCCAAGCCUAGGCCAGCCAGCCUGCGCCAUGCCGUGGCUACUGUAGUCAUCACCGGGGUUGUAUGUGGGAUUGUGUGUCUCAUGAUGUUGACAGCCGCCAUCUAUGGCUGUACCUACGCAGCUAUCACAGCCCAGUGCAAUGGUGGACCCUUGUCUCAAACCAGUGACUCUGGGAAGAAGGGAGGAAAAGAGCUAUUUGACAGCUCACCAGCUUGAGAGCUUUGAUUUCAAAGAGGAUUGAUCAUUGUGGGCCAGAAGAAAUGUUUGAAUAGGGCUGAUAUGUUCACAUUCGUGUCUCAUUUUGUUUCUUUCCAAAAGAAGACAAAAAGAUGAAUUUGUAAAAAAAAAUAUUCCUGGGAAGAAAUUUAUGUUGAAAAAUUUAAAGUACCAUAAAUGAACAGAGAUGAUGCUUGUACCCUGUGCGCGAGAAGUCAUGACAAUGAUUCUCCACGGUGUGGGGGGCACACAGAGAGAGGGAAGAUGCCAUGUCUUCCAGGUACCCUUCCUUGGAUUCAGUUGCUUUCGCAACACAACAAGAACUCCAGCUGGUGUGCCAAUUGGCAUUCCUGUGAACUUUAGGGUCCCCUGGAAAACUGCCUGAGUUUGAGUGUCUGGAAAGAGGUGGGUGAUCUUACCCAAGGGACACUUUACAUCUCUAGAAUUCAAGUUCAUGCGAGAUCACUGGUACUUUUAGAUGUUGUGUCUGUUAUAUAUUUAAUAGGAGCAUCUGUUGGUUGGGAAUUUCAUAGCUUGCCACAAGAGUCAGAUUAUACUUAAUUUUCUAAAUCAGAAAACUAUUUGGGGCUUUCUAGGCUGCAGAGGAAGAGAAAAGUUCCAUGUCUGGAUAAUAGGACUCAGGCCCAGAGUCUGGGGAAGUGUUUUGAUACAAAGGUAAAGAACACAUAAGCAAACACAAAGACGAUGGGGAACCAGAAUUGAGGGACGAUACUACCAAAAGGCUAUAUCCACCAAGUGAUUAGAACCUUCCAUUUAUAAUGAUCACAGCAGGAAUGAAUUUAGGCUAGACUGCAUGCGAGGUAAUGACUUUUGUGUAUCUGCAUCUACAUCCAUAGCAUACAGAGUGCAUGGACUCGUACAACCACACCCACAUAUAAACACACUCAGAGCAAUCAGUUUACCCACUAAUGAAAUGCAGCCGUGUCAGGGUGGGAGCCAGCAGCUGUUGAUCACCACCCAGAUUGUCUACUCAACACUCUGGGAUAGGAAGUAAGAAGGAAUCCUGAAGAAAGUGGGAAUUACCACGAGACUCGAGAUACGUGGUGGCAGCCAUCCUGAACAUUACUGAAGUGUGGUUUUUUAAAAAUCAGGUGUGGCUUGCUUAGUCUACAGACAUGGUCUUG